CUUGUGGCACUGCGCUAACGGAGAGACAAGUCUGUGCGUAAAAGCCUGAAAAACACACAGCUGUAGCGUCAUCGGAGAAACAUCUGCACUAGCACUUAUCUCCUCAAGAGAAGCCACGAAAACAUAAACAGUGUCGGAGAGAGCGGCAGGAAAAUUAGUUGUAUGGCACCGCAGUCGUGCGUAAUGAAUCCUGCGCAAGGAUCACCGCCCGUGGCUGCUCCCGGGGAGACUUCGCCGGAGGAUAGAGCCGCUGAUGGAAUUGGAACUGAUGAGCUGGACCUGUCACCUGUUAGAAGGUGUAAAACCAAAAGUUCAGAUCUGCCUUUCAGUGUGGAAUCACUCAUAUCAGACAGGACGCCGUGCAGAAGCCUCCAAGACUCAGAGCCUGGCUCGGGUUGCGUCCGGAUAGAGGACGCAGAUUGUGCGUCACAGAGAGGAUUUUAUCGGUCUAAAGCGGAGGCGGUGGACCUCAGCGACAAGGAGACGAGCUCCUGGUUGCAGGCGCCUUGCGCAUCCCCUCCAAGACUUCCCAGCCCCAGCCCGUGCAACCUACGGAAACACAAGAACAACAGGAAACCCAGAACUCCCUUUACAACCUCUCAGCUUCUUUCACUGGAGAGGAAGUUCCGACAGAAACAGUACCUCUCCAUCGCGGAGAGAGCGGAAUUCUCCAGCUCCCUCGGCCUCACAGAGACCCAGGUCAAGAUCUGGUUUCAGAACCGCAGGGCCAAGGCCAAGAGACUGCAGGAGGCCGAGCUGGAGAAACUAAAGCUGGCCACGAAGCCGUUGCUCCCGGCCUUCGCCUUUCCUUUCCCCUUGAGCGCACCAAUAGGCGCCCCGGCGCUAUACGGGGCCCUGAACGGACCUCGGCCUGCCUUACCCGUACCAGGACUAUUCAGUGGACCAUAUGGGAUGUACUACUUGUCCUAACUCAUACUAACUUUUAAGCUGCUUCGUUGGGGAAACUGCCUUAGCUUUAUCCAGCAAAAAAUAUUCUUAUGAAAUAAUCUGUCUGAAAUCUCACAUUGAAUGAAAUGUUUUUCGUUAAAGCGCUAAUGGGGAAAGAAUAAUAUAAUAACCCACAGCAGGGAUAUGUUAACAUAACAGUCUCGCUUCAUUUUAAAGCUGUUCAUUAUUUCCAGGAACAAAAACAAAACAGUUGAUUGCCUUUUUUAUUUUCAGCUGUCCCAGCUCAGGUAUGCUUCAGUUCCAGUAAUUUUACUGUAGUAAGAGAAGACCACAGAAGACGAUUUUUUUCAGAGCCUGUUGCUUUGAGCUGAAAGCAAAAACUUGUAAUGACGCACUAAAAGACAACGGCUUGUUCAUUAUUUCUAUUUUAAAUGCUUUGAAAUGUCCCGCCUCUUCAAGGAGAGUUUUAAUUUAUAGAAAAAAUAUUUAAAUGACAGUUUUGCUGACUUUCUAUAUUUUUCUGAUAGUCAUUUCUGAUUUAUCUUAUUCAUGUAUGCCACAGAGCUCGAAUGUUAUCCAAAAAGAAACGUAUGGUAGAUUAAUUCGGGGGUUUUUUAAUGGGCAUAACCGCUCAUUUAGAAACAGCUUCACAAAUAACGGGAAUCACUUUGACACUUUAAUGUUGCAAAGAUGCGAAAGUGAUGGUUGAGAAUCUGUGGAUUUGGUGUUUUAAUAGGGUCUCUGAACUUAAAAUGGAAAUAUAGAAAAUUAAAGUUAUCCUUUAAUCACUUCCUGAGGUGAGCCCUGAUGCUGUAAAACUCUAAAAAGACUUUAAAGGCCUUUCCUCUUCAACAAAACAAAAACAUACAUAUUUAAAGAAUGUCGUUUCUACACGUUGCAUCUUUUGUGCCUUAGUUCUUCAGUGCUUUACAUUAACUGGGGUGAGAACCAGAAGAUCUUUAAAGGUUAAUUUACUGUAACAAUAAGAUUUAAGUUUCCAGCUCGUUGACAACUGUGCUCAUUUCAUAAAUACAAUAAACCUGCUUUACUUACCUCAAAAGGAGAAUGUUUUUGCACAGGUGUCAGAAGAGCUCUCGAGAUCAGCUUCAUUACUAAAUGUAGAUAACUCCUCGUGUAGUUUUGCAAACACUCCAAGUGUUGAACGUGGCAGACCAACUUACAUGAGCUAUUAAGGUACAGUGUAUUUUAUAUUUCAAGAGUGGAAGAUGUUUUGUACAAGUAUUAAAGUUUAUUAUGGAAA